CGUGAAAUAUCUUGGCAUUGUCCCAAACCGUUCCGCUUCGGAUGCUCAGCACACUCCCUUGACUGUCCUUCAUUUUCGCCAACCAACAUCGUUCUCUAUCUGUAAUUACACAAGCUUGAAUUUGGCUAGUCAAUGCUUGUACAGCUAUUUCUACAUCAUAACAGAUCCAUUUCAUACUUCCUACCGCGAGACUGGAGCCCUUGGAUGUCGUGAUGCAAAGACGCGGUCACAAGAAAUCCCGAAAAGGGUGCGGGGAGUGCAAACGACGGCACAUAAAGGUUGGCGAACUCUUUCCCUUGAAUCUGUUUUUCGAAGCAUUCACUUACACAACGAAUGGGAGGUUUUGCGUAGUGCGACGAGAAGAGGCCCAUAUGCGCCAAUUGCAGUGUGUCACAGCGACAAUGUUCUUUCACGGAAGACACCUCUCGAGAAAGAAGAGUGGUUGGCAUUGAGGAAGAUGAAAAUGUUUCUACUACUCCACAUAGAACACCGGAAGCAUCGUCGACUUCAAUGGCUGCGGAGAUUGGACUCGAUUAUUCAGCGUCAACCCCCAUCAACAUGCUUCACGCUGAACUGCUUAUCCACUACUCCUUCACUGUAUCAAUUCCUGAAUUCGACAAGGAUAUCGAACGAGCAGCUACCAAACUAGUAUUGAAACAAGCUCUCGCAUUUCCAUGGCUGAUGCAUGAGGUCCUCGCCAUCUCAGCACGCCAUAUUGCUUGGUUGAAGGGGCCUGAUGACGCGGCCCCAUAUCGUGCCCACGCCGCCCAUCUCCAGACGCGGGCACUCAAUCUAUUUAACGCUGAGUCCCUGAGUAUCAACGCCUCCAACUGCUCCGCAGCCGUACUCUUUUCAUCGAUUUUAGGCCGACACCUCCUGGCCGACACGUUGGCCACUCUGACCGAUGGUGCCGACCUGUUGGUUUUCAUUGACCACUAUGUUCACUACGUUCAAGUACACCGUGGCCUUCGUUCCAUUAUCAGCAACGCCCAUGACUUAGUGAAAGAGUCUGAAGCCUACCCCCUGAUGAUGUGGUCGGGCUACAUGCGCACAGGGAAGGAAAAUGGAUCCCAGCUCGCUGCAUUGCGUGCGUGGAUCCAAUCUUCGACGUCAUCAUUCGACGCAGAAAGCGCCCGCUCAUGUGGUGAGGCUGUGGAAAAACUUCAGGGUGGACUGGAUGACGCUCUUGCAACUGACGCGCACCCAUUUCGCCGCUGUCAAGUUGCCCUUAUAUGGGCUGUCCUGUGCCCUGCACCAUUCCAAACGCUCCUCCACCAACGUUGUCCUCAGGCCCUUGUCAUACUCGCCCAUUACGCAGUGCUACUACACUAUACACGCGACAUAUGGCAGGUGAAUCACACAGGUACCACACUCUUACGACUUGUGGUUAACUUUCUGGGUCCGGAAUACAAAGAGCAACUGGAGUGGCCUCUAGCUGCUAUUCGUAACGACGAUAUGGUGCCACUUAGAUAUCAAUUUUAA